GCCUUAAAAGGGAGUGUGUGUUCUGUUACACAGGGGAAGACCAUUUUGCAUUCAGAAUGCAGCAUUGUGUACAUGAUCUGGGACACAAAUUCUCAGGCUGGCAAGGGAAAGCCUGCUGACUUUCUGGGAGAAUGCAAGCUUGGACAGUUGGAAACAAAGAAAAGCAAUGAUUAAUAUUUCCCUUUGUGGAAGACAACCCCAAGAUCCUUGGCCAGCCACCAGUCAGCUUUAAUGAAACCCUACACAUAACAGGCUGUCUUUUCAGAGGGAACACCCAUAUUUUUGCCCUUGCCCAACUGUGCAGAGUCAUUUGGCUUUCUAAAAGCAGCGAAGUGAAGCCCAGAUGGAGAGCAUAGCCACAAACUGAUCGGAUACAAACUCAGAGUGUCUCCUAGCUCCUGAUCUGAAUGAAAGCAACGACUGGAUAGGCAGUAUAACACAACUUGGAAGUGCUAGCCAGGAUGUCUUCUGAAGGCUUUCUGAAGGAAAUACAGACCAUUGGUGAGAAAUUUCUGCUGAAGCUCCAAAAGCUGCCCAAGGCUGAAACUUUGGAGAUAGUGUCGUUUUGUGUUAUCCUCUUGUUUAUCGUUACUGUGCUGUCCCUGAUGACCAUAGCCUGCAGCUGCUGCUGCUAUCGCUGCUGCUGCAAUGGAGGCCCUGACCAAAGAGGCAGGAAGACCCAGGUCCAGCCAACUGCUCAUGUGUGAAAUGCAUCAAGAGAAGAAAGCGAAAGGACACAGGCAGACACCAUGGUUGAAUCGCCUGGGAACAACCCUCUACGCUAACCCUUUGGAAGGGCUGGUGGGAAUGAAUGAGAAUAUGCUGCAAAGGAGAAAAAUGGAUCAUAAAAUGGACUAGGUUUUUUGCAAUGAUUGUUGCCUAAGUCUGCAAUAUGGCCACCUAGUAACAGUAUUCUGACAUUUCUCUCUCCUUGCCAUAGAAAGACAAAAAAAAAAAAAAAAAAAAAAAGAUUUUAACCAAUGCGAACAUUGCAGCUGGGCAGGCAGCAAAUUUCAACAGGCUCUCUCUUUGUGAGCAAUGAGCAGCAAACCAUGACAAAGAUCACAUGCAGAUGGGCCCAGGGUUAAGCAGGUCCCCUGCCCUCUUGACAAAUGACCUAAUCCAAGAAGCGGUGCUGUGCGCCAGCAAUUCCUACUGUCAUCACUGGAGAUGUUCAUUACCAGCACCUUUCAGGAUCAAGCCCAACACAAGUAUGGCUUUUCCCUCCCUGUCCUACUCUCUCUAAAACCAUGAGUAAUCGAGCACGUGAAAUUUAACAGCGACAACCACUCAGAGCACAGCAUGACAUGGACUUUCAGCUGGCAUGUGAGUUCAGAGACUGGAAAUACAGUUGGCAUCAAAUGUCCCUGCUUUUUUCUCAGUAUUAUGAAGACAAGAAAACUGCCAAAGAGGAAAAACGAUUAAACUAUGUGCAAUAAACCAUCAUAUACUGAAGGACUGAGGCAAGAGCAUAAAACCCAAACAUGAACUGCUUAGUUUGCUUGCCCUACCAGUAAUCAUUUUUUAAAGUGUUUUAUUUAGAUCCUUCUCUCUAUGCAUUUUCUGCAUAUUGCAGGGUGAAUGUUCAGUACAGAGCAUGGGGCACUGAAGCAGAUGUACAAAUCCCUGUUAUUAUUCAUGGGAGUGCCGUGCUUAGCACCCUGCACUAAAAAAAGCCUGAAUAGUUUAUAUGAAUGGCAGCAAACGUGUAAGGUAUAUUUAUACACACACGUAUUUCAGAGAAAGAAUAUACAGUGAAGGCAGUGUUAAUUCAGGAUAUACAUGCAGCAGCUGAGAGAUGGCAUCAUGACAAGUGGUGGAGCAAACUGGAGCCAAGCAAACUGUGCCGCUGAACUUAACAAGUGCAAAUAAAUACUUUUUCAACACUGCAGCCACUGUGUAUAUUUGGUUUAUACUCCAGUGAACUUCAAAAGGAAGUUACGCGUGUAAAAAGGCUGUAACAUUAGGCCUGAAACUUGUAAUUAAGGAUAGGAAAGGAGGAGAAAAACUCUCCUUUCUCAGUAAUUUAUUUAGUUAAAAGAGGUUUAAUUUUUAAAACCGAAAGCAGUUAUGCCACAAUAUGAAUUGAUCAUCUUUAAGAGAAAUUUUAAACAAGCCCAUUUAGAGUUAAGAGAAUGUAAAUAAACCUUCUCCUAUUUGCAUUUUGACUAAUAGGAUUGAAACAGCCAUAUGGACAACACACCUACAGUCCCAGAGUUCAGCUAAUACAGUCUGAGUUACAAGGCUUUGCGUACAAUGCUUUAACAGUUGCUGACAUCUGCAAAAAGGGGCAAUGAAAAGAGGAAAAACAUUUUUAAAAGAAUCCCAAGAUUACCUUAGAUUAUUUACAAUAUCCUCUGUGUACACACAGAGCUACAGGUUGAACCUCUCUAUUUGGGCACCCUUGGGAUCUGACUGGUGCCAAACCCGAGAAUUUACCGAAACACAGGAGGUCAAUAUGGUCUUGCAGCAUUACCAACACUUUCACUGCUUACUGGGCUCUUAGAAGACAUUUAGGCACAAACAAACUUUAUGGGACUGCAGGAAACUUGCCCACCCCUGUGAUAAGAGGAUAGACAGUUAACUAAAAUUAUGUUGGACCAUGGAUGUUGCCGGACCAGAGAAUGCUGGAUUAGAGGGGUUCAACCUGUAGUUUACUUUUCACCACUUGCUCCGUUUAACUUUUUGCUCUUCACUCAACUAGAUUUGUCCAGUUCACAUCUGAAUUCAUUCUCAUACUUUGAAACAAUUCUGGAAGCUGCCAACAAUGCAGAGGAAUGUAUACAUUCAGAAAAAACACCACCUCUGCAUUUCAAUUGUGCAAAAAUAAAAUGUGUGCUUUAAGAGACAACGGAGAUUAUUUGGUUUUUACAAAAAUUAAGAUUUUUGAACCUAACUUGACAGAAGCCAUUAAAAACUAAGUAUUAAUGUUACAGUGCUAUAAGCUAACCACAUAAAUAAAGAAUAAAAUGUUUUUAGACUGAAGAAUUGCCCCGCCUUUCCAUUUAGCUGCCUCAAUAUACA